CAUCCAGCCGACAACAGAUCUCACGCAACCCAAAUUUUGAAACCUUUCUUAUUUUGAUUUGUCAAAUGGCGCUUUCUGUUUCCUCUUCUUCUUCAACUUCGAUUUCGAGUUCUGGUUUUUCUCGUUUGGCUUCCUCAGCUGAGCCUAAAGCUCCGUCGAUUGGUUUGUUUCGAGUUUUCGAGAAAUCUCACGUUUCCUCCCGAACUGUGAGUUUGUCUCAGAGACGGUGCUCGGUGAAUUCCGUAAGCGCUGAACCUCGACGGAAGGAUUCAGUUGUUCCUCUUGCAGCAAGCAUCGUUGCUCCUGAGGUUGUUAAGAAAGAAGAGGAUGAUCUUGAGAAAUUGGCUCGAGAUCUUGAUAAUGCUUCCCCUCUUGAAAUAAUUGAUAAAGCUCUGGAGAAAUUCGGCAACGACAUUGCUAUUGCCUUCAGUGGUGCUGAAGACGUAGCUUUGAUUGAGUAUGCACAUUUGACUGGUCGUCCCUUUAGAGUGUUCAGUUUGGACACUGGAAGAUUGAACCCAGAAACUUACAGAUUUUUUGACACUGUUGAGAAGCACUAUGGAAUCCGAAUUGAGUACAUGUUCCCUGAUGCCAUUGAGGUUCAGGCAUUAGUAAGAAACAAAGGGCUCUUCUCAUUCUACGAGGACGGUCACCAAGAAUGCUGCCGGGUGAGGAAGGUUAGGCCCUUAAGAAGGGCCCUGAAAGGUCUCAGGGCAUGGAUCACUGGACAAAGGAAAGACCAAUCUCCAGGAACGAGGUCCGAAGUACCUGUUGCUCAGGUUGAUCCAGUUUUUGAAGGAUUGGAUGGUGGAAUUGGCAGUCUAGUGAAGUGGAACCCGGUGGCAAACGUGAAAGGCCAUGAUAUUUGGAACUUCCUUAGGACCAUGAAUGUGCCUGUUAACUCAUUACAUUCACAAGGGUACAUUUCUAUUGGCUGUGAGCCAUGCACAAGGCCGGUUUUACCAGGACAACAUGAAAGGGAAGGAAGGUGGUGGUGGGAGGAUGCCAAAGCCAAGGAAUGUGGUCUUCACAAAGGAAAUCUCAAGCAAGAAGAUGCAGAUGGGAACGGAAAUGGCGUCGCCCAAGGAAAUGACGAUGCAGAAGUUGCAGACAUCUUCAACACCCAGAAUGUGGUGGGCUUGACUAGGAAUGGAAUCGAGAACUUGGCAAAGUUGGAGAACCGACAGGAACCCUGGAUUGUCGUUCUCUAUGCGCCAUGGUGCCGCUUCUGCCAGGGAAUGGAAGAGUCAUAUGUUGAGUUAGCAGAGAAGUUGGCAGGAUCAGGAGUGAAGGUUGGGAAAUUCAGAGCUGAUGGAGAGCAGAAAGAAUAUGCAAAGAGUGAAUUGCAGCUAGGAAGCUUCCCCACAAUACUGUUUUUCCCAAAGCAUUCAACUCACCCAAUAAAGUAUCCAUCUGAAAACAGAGACGUUGAUUCGUUGGUGGCAUUUGUCAAUGCCCUCCGGUGACAAGCACCAAGAAACAGUUUUGGGAAUUCAUUUUUGACUGAAGCUUUCCUGCAACAAGAAAUGCUAGAAGCCUAGAACCAAGGAGGAGUGGUUGAUCUUCCUUCAAGUUUGACUCUAGUGGUCGUUCUGUAAGUAGGCUAGUGUUGGAUUGGAAGUUUCUCUUUGUCAGUAUAAAAUCCUACACUUACCUUUUAUAGGGCUAUAUUCUCAUGAAUGAUUGCAUGAUUUUACUUGCGUUCGCUGUACAGUUUGGAUGUUUUUCUAAGAUAUCAGAUUGCCAAAUGAUGUCCUGACAA